GAACGUUGACAGUAGGAUGUCAGGGUUCUUCUUGGUUUCACCUGAUACCAUGAGGAAGUCGUGUUCAAAGAUAUAAUCAGGAAUUGGCAUGUCAGACGAAUAAACAUUGAAGAGAAGGGGGCCCAGAACACUGCCCUGGGGUAUUCCUGCAGUGAUUUUGCCAAUUCUGGAAUAUGUGUCAUCGUGCCCCUGACUGUGAACGAUCUAUCCUGCAGAUAGCUUUCAAGAAUCUUGAACAAGCAGUAAGGCAGGAGUUUGGCCAGUUUAUUCAAUAAUUCUAAGUGCCACACUUUAUCAAAUGCUUCAGUAAUGUCUACAAAUACAGCAGAGCUGUAUUCUUUUUGUUCGAGUGAUUUUUGUAGUAACUGUGUGACCCUUGCGAGUUGAUGUUCAGUGCUGUGGUUUUUACGAAAGCCAAAUUGAUGGUUUGGAAUUGCUUUGCGAAAAGUUGAAUACAAAUUAUAUUGUUCACACCAAAGAUUAAAAAGGGCAAGGUUACAAGGUCAAGGACAAUAUCCAAACUAUUCACACGAAAUACGUUUUGGAUGGCAAAGCAACGAUUGCUUUCAAGAAGCCCUCACUGAAUCUGUUGAUUAAAUGUGAUCCCAUUCAGCUGAAGGGAUUCCUGCAGACGCUUAAACUGGGUAUGGAAGGCAAGGAUGUCAUCAAUUUGAGACUAAAUACAGUCACUGCCAUGGCACAAAAAUCAAAGUUACAGACGAAAAUGGCUAUAAAUCGUCACAGUGACUAUCCCAUCAAGGCCUUUCCUCGAUAUCUACAAUCCCUAACAAUAGACAAUACGCAAUUGGUUAAAUUGAGCUAUCAUAUAUGCUCCUUACGGAAUCUAACCCACCUGGAUGUAUCCAACAAUAAGUUGCGUAAGUUACCUGUUUAACUGGGGAGAUUACACUUGAGCAAGCUCGUCCUCCAUGACAAUAAUCUGGGUGAAAUGGACGAUUGGUCAUUUCUAAAUGGCAGCAAAUUACGAGACUCCCUGCGCGAAUUGGAUUUAUCGGCCAACGAUUUGACAUGUUUGCCUUUGCCUGUGGUCAAGUGCCACAAAUUGGUUAACUUGAAUCUCAAUUACAAUAAUUUGACUCAUCUACCCUUUGCCAUACGUCGCCUGAGAAGAUUACGCUCGCUUUACGUGUCGGAAAACAAAUUAAAAUCCCUGCCAGCUGCCAUAGAUGAUUUACGUAUUGAAAUCUUGGAUGUUUGGCGUAAUUCAUUCAAGGGUCUCAAUGUCUUGGAGGCUCAUCGCCUGGCCUUUGCUUCCGAUGCGGACGGAGCUUCAACUCAUUCGCCUGAACCUCUCUGGCUUCAAGCUGUGGCCUAAUAUGAACUGCCAAUCGAUUCCCUGCCAGCCUUACUCAUUCAACUAAUUGCCGAGGCACCAAAAUGUUCCUGUGGCAAAUUGUGCGAUGCUUUAGACAAGAUGCACAUUAUCGAACGUGUUGGUCAACCGAAAUUUGUAAAUAUUAAAAAUCUUACCUAUAGUCGAGAGCACAUGAUCUAUUCUGAUGUUGUCAUAUGUGGCAACAAUUGUAGUAUAAGCAACCAAUGUAAGAACCUAUUCUCAGCUCUAAUUAACUGAUAUUAGCCUAUUAUGCCAAUGUGCCAAACAAAAAGUGGAAUUAAUAUUUAAAUAUUAU